UGGUGACUUAAUACCGCAACGGUCUGGCCACAUUGAACAGUAGCGGACACUAGACUGGUGAUAAACUAAUUAACCAUUGCCACCACAUAAUCCGUUGGAAAACCCGAUCUCAGCUGACUGAUAGGACCUCCGGUACUGCUAGAAGCCCAGUUUGGACCCAGGUCAAGAUGGCCGAACUGGUGAGGGAUUGGCUGGCGGAUUACCAGCGAACGAGGGGGCAGCCAGCAGAGGCGGAGGCGUUUGCUGUGGAGCAUGAAACGGACCCUGAAAUCGCCGAGGCCAUCUUUACCAUUUUCAAUGAAAGGCAGCGCGGUAAUGAAUCGCUACUUCAUGACAUCUGUCAGCAGUUACUGGCCUUCUACCGUUCUCCAGAGCUGGCUCUACACAAAUUCCCUCUGCAGUUUAUCCCAGUUCUGGUUUACACUUAUCUCCACGCAGUGGCUGGUGGUGACAAGAAAGCCGCUCGCGGUGUGGAAACGCUGCUCAUCUGCAUUUAUAAUGGCGAGGUGUCCACCGACGAUGGCGGACAACGAGUAGUGGCCUUUCGCAUGCCGAUCCUUGCUCAGGUGUCGGUCUACCACGAGCUGAAGAACCUGCCCAUGACUGAUUUACGGCGCUGGGAGGAGAACUGUAAUCGGGAGGUCAAGUGGGGCCCUCAUCAACGCAUCGAGACUAUCCACGCUCAGAAUCGAAUGCGCAUCCUCACGGCAUUGUUAUUUUGUUACAACCAGCAAGUAAGCCAGACCCAGAAGUCCUCGCUGCUUCACCUCUGCCGGGUGACAUCACAGUUGGUGAACCAGGGAUUCACUACAAAGUCGGGACAUGGUCACAGGAUGAGUUAUGGAGCCGAUCCUGCCACAGGCGCUCCCUUUCCCAAGCCCUCCUCGCCACGCAUUCCACUGUCUGCCUCUUUUCUAAUCGAACUGGUGCAUGCCAUCUACUUUGCAAUGUUCAAUGGUUAUGGAACGAUAGCCAUUCAGACGCUAGACGAUAUACACAACCGCGCUACCUAUGAGAUGUACACCGAAUUGAUUUUGGUAACCAGUGCGGUGCGCAACUCGCUGCACGCCAAUCCUUCCGGUCAACCCAAUGACGGGCCUAUGGGAUUGAGUGUGGCUUUGACUCCAGCCACUAACACCGUGACCACAUCAGUUUCUAAGUCAAUGAUCACGAAUGCCUCCUUCCGCACGAAAAAGCUGCCCGAUGACAUUCCCAUUCAGGUGCAGGACCUCACCAUGCAACAGGCGCCGCAACAGUUGGCCAGUGUAUCGGAGGAAGCAGAGCCGGGCUCGAAAGAAUCACCAUCUACCAAGGAAAAGGAGAGCUCUGGUACACGAACUUCUAUAAUGCGGCCUAGCAUGGAAGGCAUUAAGGCGCAGGCACACAAGGCGCUAAUUGCAGGAUUCAAAAAGUCCAAGGACAAGGAAAAAGAGAAAGAGAAGGAUAAAGAGCCGCCCAAGCCGCCUCAGCGUAAAUUCGAUAAGCAUACGCAGCGUAACUCAUUGCUCCAGCUCCAGGCGGAGCCCAAUGCAAAUCUUGCUAGCUCCAGCAUGGAGCAACCACCCACCGGCGAUGUUUUGCCGAUGCAGACUCUCUCGCUGAUUAAUGAGAAUGGGGGAAGUAACAGCAAUAGCUUUAGCGUAGACAGCGACCUGAAUGAUGGUGUUCUGGGAGGAAACACAACCGGAAAUCUGCCUCCGCUGAGCAGCACCACCAACUCUGUGACCAGCAGUGAUCUGCUCACAAAGAGCUUUGACUCUAGCAUUGAGCUGGCGCCGCUUGGUCACAGCAGCAGCAACGGCGGGAAGCUGGCCGAACAUAGUUUGGUGGAGUAGUGCAAUGAAUCGCCUUGUUCGUCGGGUGAUUAGCCAAAUCCAAGUAUCAAGUAUAUAUACGUUUACAACAUUUAGAUGGGUGGGUGGGUUUCCAGAAAGAAAAUCUAUGCCACGCAAUGUAAUCUAUCGUAUUUUCCAAGACAUUUCUCUUCAAAAUCAUCCUUCUAAUAUCAAUUCGCACAUAUAAUAUUUUUAAAAAUACAUGUAUGCCAAAUGUUUAUCGUAAAACCAUUUACGUUAUCUGUAACUUCUCCACAUGAUUCACAUCAAAAACUACUAAACUUAAAUCCUCCAUCGAUUUAGCGAUAUGAAUUUAAAGAAUAUUUAAGAUAAAUAGACUACAGGAGCUUUGUCAAAUAUUUUCCGUAAAAUUACUGUAACUAUACAUUGAUAUUAGUGAUUAAGAUCACUUAGUAUGAUUACCAAAGAUUCCUUGCAUGGGCUAAGAUUCCUUAUCAAUCCAAAAGUUCACCCACCCUACUAUAUACACAUAUAGUCGCCACCUACCGCUGUGUAUUAACCGAACAUAAUCGGGGCGAGGAGAAAGAUUUGAAUUUAGAAAUUAAGGAUCGUUUGAAUUUGUUAAACUUGAUGGGUUCUCUUAGUUGUUCGCAUGUAUUAUUGUAUUCCAAUCCCAAUUGUUGGUUAGGCUAAGUGUUGCUAGGACGUCACAACAAUUAAAAAAUUAUAUAUACAAAAAGUAUACACUCGGAACCGCUCGCUAGACAUCGUUUGCAUGCAAAUUCGAUUGGGGCUAUUAUAUGUCCCAUAUUCGGUGAAAAUAAUGAAUGUACACAUCGCGAUGCAUUUCACUUGUUUUAAGUAAGCAGCAUGAUUGCUCACACAUUCGAUAUCUAAUGUACAUUCAAACAGAGUUGGGUCCAGGCAAUUUAAAUGGAAUUUAGUUCUGUCACUUAUUAGCGUAUAUGUAUACAUGUGUAAACUAAUAUAUACAUAAAAAUAUUUAUUGAACGUUGACUUGAACCAUGUUAUUGAUUUAAAAUAAAUACAACUAAAUACGUAA